AUGAAACCAAGUGAUUACCAUUCGAAAGAGAAUGAUGAUGUUGUUAAUCCAACUUCAUCUAGUUUGUCUGCAAAUGAGGCAGAGCCUAGAAGAAGUAAAAGAACUAAGGUUCCAAAGGAUUAUGGACCGGAUUUCUUGACAUUUAUAACUGAAACUGAGCCACAAACUUAUAAAGAGGCCAUGUCUAGUCCAGAAGCUCCUUUUUGGAAGGAAGCAAUCAAUAGUGAAGUUGAAUCCAUUUUACAAAAUAAUACAUGGGAAUUGGUGAACUUGCCACCUGGUAACAAACCAAGUGGGUAUAAGUGGAUUUUCAAGAAGAAAUUGAAACUUGAUGGUACAAUCGAUAAAUAUAAAGCUCGUUUAGUAGCAAAAGGUUACCGUCAAAAAAAAGGGUUGGAUUUCUUUGACACUUAUUCUCCUCUGCAGUUUAUAACAUGGAAAUACAUCAAAUGGAUGUAA